GACUAUCCAAUAAUAUCCCGAUGCUGGCCGCUUCCACAAACAUCUUCCGGUUCGUACCAAAGUUCGCCUGGUCUGCACAGAGCCAGGUUUGUCUGCAAAGGAGGGGUGCUGUCUGUCCUGUUGAGCUCCUCCUGGUGUGUGAGUGUCGGGUGUGUAUGCACCAUGGCGAGCUUCUUGCGUGUUGUGGCAACCAGCUGCUCAUCCCCUGUGUUCAGCGGGCUCUCCAAGCUACCGAGUAGCCACGCCGUUAAAACCCCAUGCAUACGCUUUUUCAGGACCCACCAAGCUCUGGGACGGUGUGCCAGUCCAGGUAUUCCAUAUAAGCAGCUCACAGUUGGCGUUCCUAAAGAGAUUUUCCAGAAUGAACGGCGUGUGGCACUGUCUCCCGCUGGUGUCCAGGCACUCAUCAAACAGGGUUUUAAUGUGGUUGUGGAGUCUGGAGCCGGAGAGUCUUCCAAGUUCCCUGAUGAGCAGUACACUCAGGCUGGAGCUACAGUUAAAGACCUUAAAGAUGUGAUGGCAUCAGAUGUGGUGGUCAAGGUCCGUGCUCCCAUCUUCAACCCCACACUAGGUGUCCAUGAGGUGGAGAUGAUGAAAGAUGCAGCUACUUUAAUCAGUUUCGUCUACCCAGCUCAGAACCCUGAGCUGAUGGACAUGCUGUCUCAGAAGAAGGCCACAGUGCUGGCUAUGGACCAGGUGCCCAGAGUCACCAUCGCUCAGGGUUAUGAUGCUCUAAGCUCCAUGGCAAACAUUGCAGGGUACAAGGCAGUUGUGUUGGCUGCUAAUAGCUUUGGACGCUUUUUCACUGGACAAAUCACAGCAGCUGGCAAAGUGCCACCAGCAAAGGUUCUUAUUAUUGGAGGUGGUGUGGCUGGUUUAGCUGCAGCUGGUUCUGCCAGGGCCAUGGGAGCUAUAGUCCGAGGAUUUGACACUAGAGCUGCAGCUUUGGAGCAGUUCAAGUCUUUGGGUGCGGAGCCACUGGAGGUGGAUUUCAAGGAGUCAGGAGAGGGUCAAGGAGGCUACGCUAAGGAAAUGUCAAAGGAGUUCAUAGAGGCUGAGAUGAAGCUGUUUGCCAAACAGUGUCAGGACGUGGACAUUGUCAUCAGCACUGCUCUCAUCCCUGGUAAGCGGGCACCAAUCCUGAUCACCAAACCGAUGGUGGAAAGCAUGAAAGAUGGGUCAGUGGUGGUGGACUUGGCUGCUGAGGCUGGAGGAAACAUUGAAACCACAGUCCCAGGAGAGCUGUCAGUGUACAAGGGUGUGACACAUAUUGGUUACACAGACCUGCCCAGCCGUUUGCCAACACAGUCCAGCACUCUGUACUCCAAUAACAUCACCAAGCUGAUUCGGGCCAUCAGCCCAGACAAGGACAACUUUUACUUUGACGUCAGGGAAGAGUUUGACUAUGGAACCAUGGAUCAUGUCAUCAGGGGAUCUAUUGUCAUGCAGAAUGGAAAGAACCUUUUCCCGGCUCCGCAGCCUAACAAUGUGCCUGUUGCAGCUCCUCCUAAACCCAAGAGUGUCCAAGAACUGGAGGCAGAGAAGGCAGCACAGAUCAGUCCCUUCAGGGCUACAUUAACUAGUGCUGGUUUGUACACUGGAGGUCUUGCCACCUUGUUGGGUCUGGGUGUGUCUGCUCCUAACGCCGCCUUCACUCAGAUGGUCACCACCUUCGGCUUGGCUGGCAUCGUGGGAUACCACACAGUGUGGGGAGUCACUCCAGCCCUACACUCUCCACUCAUGUCUGUCACAAACGCCAUCUCAGGUCUGACGGCUGUGGGUGGUCUGUCCCUGAUGGGAGGUGGCUAUACCCCAGCAACUACUGCUCAGGCACUGGCUGUGCUUGCUGCCUUCAUCUCCUCGGUCAACAUUGCUGGUGGUUUCCUGGUGACUCAGAAGAUGUUGGACAUGUUCAAGCGUCCUACAGAUCCUCCAGAGUACAACUACCUCUACAUGCUCCCUACUGGUGUCUUUGUUGGAGGUUAUGCUGCUGCUCUGCAGGCUGGAUACAACAUUGAACAGAUGAUGUACUUGGGCUCAGGUUUAUGUUGUGUUGGUGCCCUGGCUGGGCUUUCCAACCAGACCACAGCCCGUCUGGGUAAUGCUUUGGGAAUGAUGGGAGUCGCGGGGGGGAUCGCUGCUACUCUGGGCGCCCUCAAACCAAGUCCUGAGCUUCUGACACAGAUGAGUGCAGCCAUGGCUGUAGGUGGAACUGCUGGCCUGGCCAUUGCUAAGAAGAUCCAGAUUACUGACUUGCCACAGCUGGUGGCUGCCUUCCACAGCUUGGUGGGUCUGGCUGCUGUGCUCACCUGUGUGGCUGAAUAUAUGAUCGAGUACCCCCACUUCGCCACAGAUCCUGCAGCCAACCUCACUAAGAUAGUCGCCUACCUCGGCACCUACAUCGGCGGCAUCACUUUCAGCGGCUCUUUGGUGGCCUAUGGCAAACUCCAAGGUGUUCUGAACAGCGCCCCCUUGAUUCUCCCUGCUCGUCAUGCUCUGAACGCCAGUCUCAUGGCCGCCAGUGUUGGUGGGAUGAUUCCCUACAUGAUCGAUCCCAGUUACACCACAGGCCUCACCUGCCUUGGGUCUGUCUCUGCUCUCUCCGCUGUCAUGGGUGUAACCCUGACAGCAGCUAUUGGAGGUGCUGACAUGCCUGUGGUCAUCACGGUUCUCAACAGUUACUCAGGCUGGGCCCUGUGCGCCGAGGGCUUCCUGCUCAACAACAACCUGCUGACCAUAGUCGGAGCUCUCAUCGGAUCCUCUGGAGCCAUUCUGUCAUACAUUAUGUGUGUGGCCAUGAAUCGUUCGCUGGCUAACGUGAUCCUGGGAGGUUACGGCACAUCUUCCACUGGUACAGGGAAGCCCAUGGAGAUCACCGGGACGCACACAGAGGUCAACGUGGAUCAGACGGUCGACAUGAUUAAAGAGGCCCAGAACAUAAUCAUCACUCCAGGUUAUGGACUCUGUGCUGCUAAGGCCCAGUACCCCAUUGCUGAGCUGGUGAAGAUGCUUCAAGAAGCUGGCAAGAAAGUCAGGUUUGGUAUUCACCCUGUGGCUGGCCGUAUGCCCGGUCAGCUCAACGUACUGUUGGCUGAAGCUGGUGUUCCAUAUGAUAUUGUCCUGGAGAUGGAAGAGAUUAAUGAGGACUUCCCAGACACUGACCUGGUUCUGGUGAUUGGUGCUAAUGAUACAGUGAACUCAGCCGCUCAGGAAGACCCUAACUCCAUUAUUGCUGGUAUGCCUGUGCUGGAGGUCUGGAAGUCUAAGCAGGUGAUUGUGAUGAAACGUUCCCUGGGUGUGGGAUACGCAGCUGUCGACAACCCCAUCUUCUACAAACCCAACACUGCAAUGUUGCUAGGAGACGCCAAGAAGACUUGCGAUGCCCUGCAAGCCAGGGUCCGCGAUUCCACGAACCAGUAAAGCAGCUGCACUCCCAGCACAAAUCCCCACUAAAAGCACAAGGGAAGUGGGGAAGGUAGAGUAUGAUGAGGCACCGUUUUUCCAAGAUUGUCAGCAGCAAAAAUGAUCUUUGUGAAGUUUUCAUUUAAGUAAAUGAACAAAGAUAAUCUUCACAAUGAAAGGUUUAUGUCAAACCCCUCCCAACAUCUAUAAAUAAGAGACACAGAAAUAUGUUGUAAAGCUAAAACUACUAUAGAGUACAGUAAGAGCCAAGCAAUACAGAUACUGUAGAUUCUAACGCUCCUACCAUCACAAUGUACCAUCAGUAAAUACAGUUUUUUUUUCAGUUUGUCAUUUCUUUUAUUUGUGGAUGUUAAAGGAUGGGUUCCUCCACCAUGUGCAUGUGGUCUUUGUUAUCUGGGGAACAACUUACAGGGUGUCCUUCAUUUUAGAUGCCUAUAUUGAUGUUAAAAAUGAAAAAAAAAAAAAAAGAAUAACAAUCAGAAAUGUAGAUGCAUUAAGAUGUUAGAUAUGUUAAAUUUACUGUUAAAGGGUUUUAGUAAAUAGUCAAUAGAUUGAAGGAAGUGCAGAGGAAAUGGAAUGGAUAAGGAAUAAAAGAUGUAAAGGUAAACCAUCAGAGAAAGAGGUACAAGAGAUGGAAGCACCUAUGUUUUUCCAAGCGUAAUGACUUUCCUCCCUGUUUUAUUUCUAAUUAUUUUUUUUCUUAGUAAGGUAGUUUGGUGUUACUUCGUAUUUCUGCUUAACAUCACAUAAGGUGUGCUCUCCUCCCCUAAGUACCUAGUUUUUCUUUACAAGUAAAAAGAAAAAAAGCAGAUCAGAGCAGCAUUUUUGUAAAGUUCAUUCAGUUCCAGUUUUAUACUGUAUUGAGAGAUUUUUGUAUUCGGCCUUUGUAUUCUAGAAAACGUCCACGUGAUCCCGUUUUAGAAGCCAUAGUCAAAGUUGAUGACGUCCAGUCAUGCUAUUUGCUUUUUUUCUUUUCACUUCUGUCUUGUGAUCUUCACUCUUGUGUAGGAGUAACACACAGGUCAAAAACAAAAAAAAAAAUUGAUUCAGACAUUGUCUCUGAAGUAUUUAAUGCAAUAAACCAAAUGUGUCUGACCUUUAAGUGAGGUCUUGUGCAACUGUCUUGGCUGCAAGUAAAGACAGUACAAACAUUUUGUAGCUCUGAUGAAGCAGAAUGGGUUUUGUGUUUUUGAGCUGUGUGUGUCCUACCGUCCUGUGUGGUUCACACAUUAUAGUACAUGUGAAACUCACCUUUGGCCUUGACCAUAAAGAACAAUUUAUUUAAAAGAACAUAGUUCAAUUUUGCCCUUAUCCACUCCACUAUGUGUCCUCAUGAUUACUCUACAGGAAAAUGAAGGAUCACUAUUUAUAAAAUGAUGGCCAGAUGUUAGCUUCUUAAUGUCACCAGUCUAAAACAUCAACGCAGCUAUUUUGAUUUAAUUUUAUUGCCACAUUUUAGAAUCCAUGAAUUGUUCAACAUUUAUUAUACAUUCAUUAUUGAGGAAUUUAAUAUUCCACAUAUCUGUCUUCAUUCAUUAAAUACAAUGCUGAAUACACAUUAAUUUGUGCCAAAUCUUUCACACUUAGUCCAAAUAAAACAAAUGGUACAAAUAGAAAGGAUUUGGUUACUGCUACAAAACCUCCAGUUCAAGAAAGAUUCCUGACCGUACAAAAGUUGGAUCUUUCUUUGUUCUAUAACUUUCCAUUCUCUGAGUUAUUGUGGUCAUAAAACUGUUGAUGAAAUGGUCAGAUACAUGGUUUGCAAAACAGUAUCUCCUUAGGUGAUGCACUCUUUGACUCUUUCUCGCUCACAGUCUUUUAAAAUGUACACAAGUAAUGUAAGACGGGUUUAGAUGCAGAUUUGAGAAGGCCUGCUGAUCUAUGUCACAUGUUAAUCCUGGGACCUGAUAACAUUGACCAUGACAACUGUCCUACCUCUCCAUAAACCUGACCGAUAGCUUUCCAGAGAACACCUUCCUUUACCUGUUUACCACAGGAUAUAGUACGGAGCAGACCAGUCAUUUUACUUCCACACGCCUUUAAUGUAACCUGUACAUUCUCACGUGUCCUUAACCUGACCAGUUGCCUUUCAUUUUGUGUCCUUUUCGCAUUUGUAACUGUCAGACCUCACCUUACUACUUGACAUUUUUCUGUUUGUUAUUGAAGUCCAGAGCUGCAGAUGCUGUUAGUGCUUACUAAAAGUGAUUGUUACGAUACAAACCGCUGCAUUUCAACAAGCAAAAACAGAAGACGAAUAGUUUGAGAGCUCAGUUAUAUCUGUGCACUUUGUUGCUUGUUUUUUGAAGGAUUGUUCAAAUUAAGGGAAAUGGAUAAUCAUGUUGAUAAAAUUGCCAUCUUGCCCCCUUGCUUAUUCUUGUUCAUUAGAAUAUUUUUGUAAAGAAAAGCGGAGGAUCAAUGAAAUUUUGAAGGUGUAAAAUGUUUCAGUGCACCCAAUUAGGGAGAUGAAAAGAUGAAAUGUACUGUGAAUAUUUUUCCCCUCAUUGUUUAUCGUGGAACAUUCUCAUCCCUAAUAAACCUGUAUUUACACUAGA